AUGGCGGAUGAGGACGUGCGAGAGCUGGCGACGUACGGGACGGCGCUCGGGACGCCGGAGCGGAUCGAAUCGCUGGAGAGAUUCGUAAAUUUACGCGCGCUGCGAGCGCACGCGUGCGAGAUAACGAGCAUGGAUUGCGAAGCGUUCGCGGUGUUGACGCGGUUGGAAGAACUCGAUCUGUCGUCGAACGCCAUCGCGGAGGCGAGAGGGUUGGAAAAGUUGACUCGCCUGCGAACGCUGAAUCUGGCGAGCAACGCGCUCGAGUCGACGAGGGGAUUCGAACGAGCGUCGACGACGCUGGAGCGAGUGAACAUUUCCAAUAAUAAAAUCAAGUCUUUGAGUGGGUUUGCGAGGAGUGACGGGGCGGAGUGGGGCAUUCGCGCGCUCGACGCGCGAGGGAACGCGUUGGAAAGUUUCCAAGCCGCGCGAGCGCUCAGCGAGUUGACGCGCUUGGAAUCGCUUCGGUUGAAAAUGGAAGAAGGAUCGGUGAUCGGGAAAGAAACGAACGGGAUGUGCGAUGUGCCGUCAUAUAGAAUUACGAUGGCAUCGCUCGUUCCUUGGCUCACGCACCUAGAUGGUGUGGUUUUAAGCGUCGAAACGUGCACAAAGGCGAUGACAAAGACUCUCGACGCGUCUGCGACGACGGCUCCCGGACGAAGCAGCAUGACGCCUCCCCACGCAGAGCAGUUUUCGAGAACGCCUCAACGCGGGGACCGUUCGGGUGAAAAACGACAAACAGCCUUCCAAGCCGCCGAUGAGAGCGUCAAAUCGCGCGGCGUGCAGGUCAACGGGGAUGCGGCGAAGCGAGCCAUCGAUUUUGAUCAGCAAGUCGUCAGGCGCGUUCGGGAAGAGUCGAGUCAAACGGAGGCACCUUUGAUGAAAGACGUAGAGACGCAGAAGAGUGCGAUGUCUAACGUGACGAUCGACGACGCGAGCGAGCGCCGCCUUCGUGAAGAAGUCGAAACUCUCCGCCGAGAGUUGACCAAAGCCUCGCAAGCCAUCGAGCGCGCGUCGAGAAACGAGGAAGCAGCACAACUGCGAGUCAGUGAGUUGGAGACGAUAUUGCAAGAAGUCAGGACGGAAUCUGCGGAGAAUCUCGCAAAUCUGAAAGCCAUGUACAUGGACGAGCAAAACGCGUUGCUAAACGAUCGCGUGAACGAAGCUCGUAAGGAAUCGACGGUGUACGCGCAAGCCAUCGAGGAGAACGCGCGCUUGAAGGAGCGUAUUUCGUCGAUGGAACGCGAACAGCAUGCGCACGAAGAAGCCGCGAUCGCGAGUAACGAGAAAAUUGCUGCCCAAGAAGCGGGUCUCAGUGAGAUGCGAGAAUUACUUCGAGUCGCGUGUGCCGAACGCGCCGAGGCUGAGACACUCAACGAGGAAUUGGCGCAAGUGGUGGAAAGUCAACGCGAUCAACUCGAAGGUUACGCCAAGACGCGUGAGAUGGUUGUUCUCAUGGAAGAAGAGCUCGAGCGCGCCCGUGGGGCGGUGAUAGAUAGGGAAAGCACGCAUGCGACGAUCAAGAGCGCCAAAGUCGCGGCGUUGAAGGCUGAGAGGUCCGCCGCGGCGCGAGAAGAGAAGGCUCGCGAGCGAGAAGAGCUCGCCGAGCGACUCAUCCGGGACGUCGAGGCUCUUCAAUUGAAGCUCGAAUCAGCAGAUGAGAGCACAAAGAUCAAGAACGAUAUGCUUCAGCACCAGAAUCAGCUCAUUAAGUCUCUGAAGGAUGAAGCUGUUCGAUUACGCGAACAAAAAGCGGAAUCGUUGAGGACGCACGACGCGAGAAUGGUGGAGGCGGAAGCAAGGAUGAAUGCGAUGUCGGAAGAGUGUCGAUCUUUGGUCCAACAGGUAGAGUCGAUGGAAAUGAACAUCACAGAGCUAGAAAAUGCUCUCGCGGACUCCGAGGUCGAUCACGCAUCGUAUGAGCACGCGAUCAGCAAAGCAAAUAAUGCCGUGGCUGAACGCGACCGCAUAAUUGUUCACAUGGAAUCCCAGAUCAAGCGGUUGACGCAGACUCUGGAGACGAGUGAUAGUAUCGAAAAAGCGAAGAGUAAAGAAUUGCAGCACCAAUUGGAGGAGCUGAGUGAACAACUGGCGAUCGCGAGGGAUAAGGCCAGUAUGUAUGAGACGCGGGCAAUCGCCAUCAGAGAGGAAAGCGAUGCCAUCGUGCGCGAAGCGUACGAGCGAGUCGACGACGUCGAGCACGAGAUGCGAAGCUUACUCUUAGAUAUGGCCACGGAGAAGAAGGCAAACAGGGAUCGGAUGGCACAGAUUGGAAGAUUGUUGCAAGAAGGGGAUAUUCCAUUGGCGCUCGAUUAA